CAUCGUAAAUGUAUCCCCACAAGUUGGUUCUCAUCGUAGAUGUCAUGCAGAUUGGGUCUGCGUGUCGAAGUGGAUCCUCUCAAUGCUGGCCGCCUUGUUGUGAGUUUGUGAAUUUUAAUUCCAACUAACUUGAACGGCGAUCCUCAUCAUGACGCACUCACAUACUUUUUUAUGUUAUCCUUCCCCUUUUUAUACCCGAGUAUGAUACCCGAAUGUUUUGGUACAAUGUAGUGAUAUGAUGCAAGUACGGUACUCUCAUAGCUCCAAUUUACAAUAUGAUUCGACCGGAUCGGAACGGGACCCAAAGGAACGGCUGUCAGUUCAAUGAAUUUCAAUCAAAGUGGGUAGACAUGCAAGCGGCUGGCUGGCCAGCACACAUCAUCCAAUCUUCCGACGCCUAUUGCACGCUGAUGCAGCGAGCGCCCACUUUUCAGAGUCGUUCUCGAGUGCACACCCUCUUUAUCUUACAGCGAAGCUCUCGUUCGUACGCGUCCAAAAGUGCCAAUCCCUAUCCCUAUCCAACGCAAACAAAUCCUCAGCCGCACCAGAUUUUCCAUUUACCGCGAAGUGCAAACCAGGAGGAUGUGAAACGGAGAUAUUAUGAACUCGUCCGAAUUUACCACCCGGACUCGGCUGUCGCUCGUCAUUAUCCCUCUGAGGAGUCGCAGGCACGAUUUCAAGCCAUUUCUAGAGCGUACGACAUACUUCGAGGAAAAGCAUCUGUUUCUGGUGAACCGGUCGAAGCUACUCACAAAGUGGAUCCGAUACGAUGGUCAACUAGGUCGCGUCGUCCUCAUUUCGAUGAUACAGCUAGUGAUGAGCGGUGGAAAGAGAGAGUAAUCAUGGGUACCGUAUUACUAACUUUAGCUGCCUUUGUCGCACAGACCAGUUGGACUCGCCGGCAGGCUAUUGCAGAAAUGUCGAGUCAUAGAUGGCCUUCCCAUCCAGGCAAAAAGUCAGGGAAUGACGAUGAUGCUCUUGCUGUAGACCAAGAAGAUGGAUCACCAGAAGGCGGCCUUAACUGUAGCCAGGGAGGUCACGGUCCUCGUGGCAGGCAGUGACCAUCGCACCGUCCUUUGUUUCACCACUCCUCUGAUCAAUGACCAUUGCCACGGUGUACGAUGGAUACCUCCUGCGCACAUGUACUUAUUGGUCGUCGACAAUCUAUGCAUUGCAUCGGAUGUGCCCAGUU